AUGCAGCCCGAAUCGCAGAAUGCGACCAAUGGCCCCAAGUCGCAGCUAGAGUGGGGUCAAAUCAACUUCCUGCAUACUACAGACACGCAUGGCUGGCUUGAGGGACAUUUGAAGGAGCAGAACUAUGGCGCAGACUGGGGUGACUAUGUCAGCUUCGUCAAGGGGAUGAGAAGGAAGUCGAAAGAGCUAGGAGUCGAUCUGCUAGUGGUUGACACAGGAGAUCUCCACGAUGGUGCCGGAUUGAGUGAUGCUACGUCGCCGAAUGGAGCCGUCUCGAAUGUGAUAUUCGAGAAGCUUGAUUAUGAUCUACUUACGAUUGGGAAUCAUGAGCUGUACGUCUCGGAGAUUGCCUAUGAAACAUUUUCGCAAUUCUCGAAGUUCUAUGGCGAUCGGUAUUUGACAAGUAAUGUGCAAAUAUACAAUCCAAGUACGAGCGCAUUCGAAUAUAUCGGACAGAGGUACAGAUACUUCAAGACAGAACACGGAAUCCGGAUCAUGUCAUUCGGCGUUCUCUUCGAUUUUACGGGCAACUCAAAUGUGUCGAAGAUUACGAAGGGGGCUGACAUGGUCAAGGAGCAAUGGUUUCUCGAUGCGGUGAAUUACCACAAGCCGAUCGACAUGUUUCUUCUGAUUGGGCAUAACCCGGUCCGCCCAACAGGCAAAGCCGGAGACACGGGCACAUUCGCAACAGUGUACUCUGCCAUCCGGAAAGCUAGACCAGAUGUUCCAAUCCAAGGUUUCGGUGGCCACACGCACAUACGCGACUUCUUUGUCUACGACAAUAAAGCCACUGCCCUCGAAUCCGGCAGAUAUUGUGAAACCCUUGGCUGGGUCGCAAUCGAUGGCCUAUCAUGCGGUCCCAAGUCCCCUAAGGAUGUCCCCCAUCCGUCGCGCGAAGCAAAGAUCAUCUCAAACAUUACUUUGCCGCACUCGAACACGUCCUCUUCCCUCCGUUAUGCUCGCCGCUACCUGGACUGGAACCGUCUGACCUUCGCCUACCACGCCUCUGGUUCACAGGCCCAUACAGUCCGCCCGCUUGACACACAAGCCGGGAAAUCCGUAACCGCCGACAUCACCACCGAGCGCACAAAACUCAACCUCACAUCACUCUACGGCUGCGCGCCACAGACAUGGUGCCAAACCUGCGCGCCGUUCAUGAGCGCCGGCAACAUCUUCAGCCUGCUAAGCACUGCACUCUCCACGGUCGUCGUGAACAGCACUCGUGCAACUACACCCCGAAUCAUCAUCAUAAACACCGGUAGCAUCCGCUUCGACCUCGCAAAAGGCCCCUUCACCUACGACGAUAGCUUCAUCGUCAGUCCCUUCGCCGACGCCUUCCAAUUCAUCCCCGAUGUGCCAUACGCACAAGCAAAGCAAGUCCUCGGCAUCCUCAACGCAGGCGCAUUCCAGAAGCGCUCUACUCCAGCUCCGCCAGAACGUGGGUUUGAGACGCGAGACUUUGCAUUCCAGCCAUAUAUCCUCCUCGAUGGCGACACAUGUGUCGACCCACCCACCACAUCGCCGAGCCUACACAAGCGCUCCGGCCGCACGAUCCGCCGUAGCACGCCGUCGCCAGGCUACACUACCACCGACGAUUUCGGCUCUGACGGCGACGACACAAUGCACGCCCGGAUCCCGUUUUACGCGCAGCCAAACGACUUGCAAGCGAAUGCCUCGUUCCCCGCCGAUGGCACGGAGCCGGAGACGGUGGACGUCGUGUUUCUAGACUUCAUACAGAGCUAUGUGAUUGAUGCACUGAAUAAAGUCGGAGGAACGUAUGCGGCGGCAGAUGUAAGCUAUUACUUGCCCAAGACGUUUACGACGAAUAGUUAUCUGCCUGUAUUCGCGAAGCAGAUGUGGCAGGCACAUGUGCCGGACUGUCCGGUUGGAGCCGGGAUUGGGAGUUAA